UUUACGUCGCGUCAUUUCCGGCGAUUGACAUUCCCCCCAUCAGCUGUGUCACUCCGCUCUGCCAGAAUGGGCUUAAUCACCGGGGUCUGCGCUUUCUUGUACCACCUGCCACAGAUUUACAAAUGGCUGCUGAGACCUUACUAUAUCACCUCCUUCUUCAUGACCAUCGCCUUUGUGGUGGUCCGCAAGGCUCCCGGCUUGUGCGAGCACCUCUCCACCCAGAGGGAGGACGGCAACUCCUGCGACUUCGACUGGAGAGAAGUUGAAAUUCUCAUGUUUCUGAGUGCCAUAGUGAUGAUGAAGAACAGAAGAGCAAUCACUUUGGAGCAGCAUGUGGGCAACUUGUUCCUCUUCAGCAAGGUGGCAAACGUCAUCCUCUUCUUCAGGCUGGACAUCCGUCUCGGCAUCCUCUACCUGGCGCUGUGUGUGGCCUUCAUGAUGACGUGCAAGCCUCCUCUCUACAUGGGCCCCGAGUACAUCAAGUACUUCAGCGACAAGACCAUGGAUGACGAGCUGCAGAGGGACCACCGCGUCACCUGGAUCGUGGAGUUCUACGCCAACUGGUCCUCCGAGUGCCAGUCCUUUGCCCCCGUCUUUGCUGACCUGUCGCUCAAGUAUAACUGUGCUGGUCUCAGGUUCGGGAAGGUGGACAUCGGGCGUUACGGAGAGGUUUCACAAAGUUUAGGGAAGGUCCUCCAUGACUGUGACCCCCAUGAAACACUGAAGGCACGGGUGUCACACGCCAGGCCUGGACAUAACAUACUUGAAUUCAGUACUUUAUCAUGUCUUACUAAAUAAACUCCUGCUUUUAAUUUUGACCCCAAAAAAUACAUGCAAUGACAUGUCUUUUAAACGUUAAUAUUAUCUCAUAAUUAAACAAAAUAUGACAUAUGUUCCAAGAAAAUGUUUUGUUAAAAUGAAGACAAAUACCUAAAUAUCUGCUGGAUUUUUGAUAUCAGUUAUCCAUCAAAUUGUAAACUGUAAAUUACAGUAGAUUUUACAGAAAAAAUGUGGCGACUCAGUUUUGUUUUGUUUUGACUGUAAAAUCAACUUAAGUAUUGUUUUUGCAAACACAGUACGACACUAUAAAAACAGCAACUGUGAAUUUUGCAGUAAAAACUGUCAUUGUCAGAAAAAGAGAGCCUGGAAAUAAUAUGCUUUAAUUACUUUAUAAUUUCUUACUAAAUGUAUUCCUGCUUUUAAUUUAGACCCAAAAAAAAAUACAUGCAGUGACAUGUCUUUUAAACGUUAUCUCAUAAUAAAACAAAAUAUGACAUGUUCCAAGAAAAUGUUUUUGUUAAAUUAAAGACAAAUACUUAAAUAUCUGCUGGAUUUUUUUGGAUUUCAUAGUUAUCCAUCAAAUUGUUCACUGUAAAAAUUACAGUAGAUUUUACAGUAAAAAUGUGGCGACUCAGUUUUGUUUUUUACUGUAAAAUCAACUUUGGUAUUGUUUUCAAAACAGUGCUACACUAUUAAAACAGCAACCAUGGAUUUUACAGUACAAACUCAGAUUAGUUACAUGAAUUGUACUGUAAAAAAAAAAUAAAAGAUACUUUUUUUCCAUUUCAUCCAUCCAUUUUUCUACCGCUUGUCCUUUUUGAGGUUGCGGUGGCCUAUCUCAGAUGCGUUUAGGUGGAAGGCAGGUUACACUUUGGACAAGUCGCCUCCUCAUCACAGGGCAUUUUUUUUCCAUUUCAUUCUUUUUAAAGCUGCAAAAUAACUACAGUUUUUACGGUAAAAUUCUGGCAACCUGAUAGAUAGUACUUUAUUUAUUCCGUCAGGAGAGUUCCUUCAGGAAAAUUACAAUUUUCAGCACAAUCCCAUUCAAGAUCAGACAAACAUUACAGGGAGACAGAACAGGAUCGCUAACGGGUCUGCCGGCUUCCAGCGCCCCUUACAAAAAAGAUGAGAUACAGGUAAACAAGGGGGGGGAAUGGGAGAAAAAAAUAGAAGAUUAAAAUUAAAAGAAAAAAAAUCGGUCUUAGCCUGGGCCCUGGAGAGGGGGUGCAGACUGAGGCCAAGAGAAAAAAACAACUAAACUGCUAUUUUAAUUUUUUUACAGAAAAAUCUAAAGGUUUUUUUUCGUACAGCGUUCAUAAAAGACUACCGUUUUUCCUUGAAUUGCCGCCAGGUAUAUAGUAUGCACCUGCCUUGAAUUUCUGCCGGGUCAAACUCGUCACGUCACUAGUGACACUUCACCUGUCGUAAUUUUCAAAAUGGAGGAGGUUGAUUUCAAUAAUUUGAAAUCGCAUAAAGGGAAGAAGAUUAAGAGCUAUUCAGUAGGAUUUAAGGUCCGAGCUAUUGAAUAUGCUAAAAAGAACAGUAAGCAGCUAUGUUUUAUUAAUAUACCGUAGCUGCUUGUGUCAAAUAUGAGUCAUUAAAUGACUCCCGCCUCCUGGUGGUAGAGGGCGCUAGUGAUCCUUCUUGCGACUACUCGGCUGCAGAAGAAGUGACAACAAGCAGCAAGAGUGAGCAGCGUGUGUUUAUUUUUUCCUCUUGCUUGCACUUUUAACAUGGAGGAUUACAUAUCUAAAAGAAAACAGUUUUCUAAACUGUACUAUCAAUCGAAGCAGGAGGUAAUAAAGGAAGAUCUCCAUCGAGACUGAGACUUUUAAAACUGAAUAAAAAUAAGGAAGACUUCUAUAAAAAAGUUAUCGAUGCUUUUGAUCAGAAAGAGCUGCGCAUGGACUUCAUUUAUAAGUAAAGGUAAGACCAUAAUGUUUUUUAUUUUUAUUUAAUGUGAUUUCAUAAUGGUAUCCUUACAUCACACUCAAAUUUAUAAACGCAGGCCUAAAUUUACCGCAUGCCUUUGGUAAACGCCGGAGUGAGAAGAGGUUUUAAAAUAAUUGGCGCCCUGGGGGCAAUUCAAGGAAAUACGGUAUACAUCAUUAGUCAUAUACUAUUCACUACAUAUGUAUGUAGUACUCCUGCCACCCGGCAGGGGGCAGCAGUGAAGCACAGGAAGACUUGAUUCUGGAAAAAAAUCUGAAUAAAUCACGAGAAUAUGACUUUUAAUAUCGACUGAACAGCAAAGUACGAAUGUAAUGAAAUUGCUGACUCGGUGACGUCUUUUGUGUUCGUGGUGGUUUUGCUUUUGGAUGUAAAAUAUAUGUAGCGCUCAAUUUGACCAGCAGAGGGCAACAAAGCAACACCUCAUUAGUACAUGAGGAUAUUAUGGCCACACUUAUUGCGUAAAGCAGGGGUGUCCAAAGUGUGGCCCUCAGCUAA